GACGAGGACGUCGUUUGCAGCUUCGUCCGGGAGGCAAGUCCUGGGGGCCUGCUCUUUGAAUACCUUUCCUUGGCUCACCUGGCUGUACGACUCGGACCAGUUCUCUUCGUGCACGGCGGGCUUCCACGGUCGGACGUCACCUGGCGGCCUGGGUGGCUCCCUCCUCGCGGCGAGGUCCUACCGGAUCUCAAUUCCUGGCUCUUCGGUCUCGAGGCCUUCAAGAACAAAGCUCUGGACCAGGUUCGGAAUCCACCUGCAUCGCUGCCCAAAGAGGCGUGGUCCAUGGUUGGGGGGUACGAUGCCGCUCAGCCGGCUGCUGAGCUGCUUCAGUACAUGAUGCGUGACAUGCCGGAUGGCACGCGCCAGCCGAGCAUUAUCUACAACGGCUUCCUAGGGGACGACUACCAGCCGUUGCCACUAGAUGAAGCCAGCUGCCGAUGGCUCCGGGCAGGAGGGAUUCGCUUCGUGGCCUCCGGACAUUUGCCCAACGGCGAUGCGCCGCUGGUGCUACGUUAUGAGGAUGUCACCAUCGUAAGUGCUGAUAUCUCCUAUGCCGAGAGCGUCAGCUACGAGGACGCGGAAAGCGACCGGCUACCGUCGGAAGAAGCCGUCUGUGAAGUGCUUUUCUCUCCGACGGAGGAGCAGGAGAGUCGCGUCCAUGGCGUCCUCCGAAGUGGCUGCCGGCACUCUGCAAGACUCGGCUCCGUUGUCGAAGUCUUGAUAGCUGCAUGGGGUUUGGGGUCCAGGGAUUUUCGGAUUUAG